AUGCUUGAGUCUCCAGGCCCGAAAGUUUCUCUGAUCUCACGGCCUUUUGAGUGGAAUUUACACGAAGUCAGAGAUAAUAAGGGUGAUAUUGUCCAACGUGAGGCGAUCAAACAACUUCCAAACGAGUUCAAUCGGGAUGUCAGGUCUUGUUACGUAUGGAGAGCCACGGAUGAUCAGUUUGCCUUUUACAUGCAGAACCUCGAUAUUUUCGGCGUUUACGAUGUUGACGACAGUGGCCGUUCAAUUGGUACGAUAGCUUUCUGGGAAUGGGAACCAGAAGGACGUUGGCCGCCUGAUGCGGAGCAGCGCGCGUGGCGAACUGCCGGGGUCCAACCCAAGACAGGGCUGCCGAAGCCUGACAAAGGAGUUAACGCCCGGCCAGAAAGUCCGCCAACGCUGGACGGCCUGAUUGCUGAGUACGACAAGCGCAGAGAGUGGUUUAGGGAAAGACUUGUAUACAGCGAACUACAUCUUCACGGUGUAAAGGACAAGACCGGCGAAGGGUGCUCUGCACCUCUCUCACCAAGCAACUUCGUGUCCAAGAUCGAGAAGUUUGGCAUGCGCUCUGACGCCUUGAAUGACCAUUUGCCCCCAUUGCCCUCAAAUGAAGUAUGGCAGCACAAGAGAGAUCUGGAGUUGGCUCGACUGGUCUGGAAAGAUUUCUUCACACCACUCAAUGUUUGUGCCGAAACUUUGAAAAGCCGCCUGCCCUCCAAACCACAACGCUCCGAAUAUGUCAGCGAACAGAAGUGGAUGGUGGCUGAACAAAAUUGGAUCAAUCUUUUCACUGAAGACCCGCCUAAGGAAUACGAAGGCAAAAUUCCGAAGCCUGACCGCCCGAAAUGUCCAGAGGCGGCCCUGAAGAAGCUUGGCAAACUUGGAAAGCACCUAAGGAAUGUGGAUGGCGUGCCGAAAGAGGAUGCGAAAUGGGAAUUGCUGGAUACGUAUGCAGCAGAGCUUGUGGACAAGAAGAUGUGCCGGGAACAGAUAAUUGUGGUUCUUCACAAGCCCAACAAGAAGGCGUACUCGAGCUUCCGAGAGUGGUAUUCUGACCGACGCAAGUGGGACAAGUACAUUGCAAGUCUUGAGAAAGGAGAGGAUGCUCCGGUUCCGAAGUUGGCCGCCUUCAGGAUGAACCAGCCUCCACAAAACCAGCCGGCAGAUGAAGGGCAAGAUCGUGUGAUGUACGAGCAGCCUAAGAAGGACAAACCUCGAGAAAAGGAUAAGCCUCGCGAGAAAGACUUCCCACGGACGAGACUCGACACCAUUUUCGAAGCUGGAGAAUUUGAUGAAGCCGAGGAGCGCGUCCCCGGGAACGAUUCGGCACGAGAUGAAUGGGGCGUCCAGCAUCGUGACUUCGGUAGCCACGACGUGCUGAGGACCAUUCCGGACGAAGAGGAAUCUGAAGAUACCCAGUCCCUCGCAGACAGCGCUGCUGGGGGUAGAACGAGGGGGAGGACAAGGGGCAGAAAUCGACAGGGUGCAGAUUAUGUCAGGAGGUCCUUCAUUGCCUAA